AUGUUCGCGUUGCCUGAUAAACGAAAAAGAUCAUUCUUAUUAUACCCCGAUAAGGAAGAAAAUGUUAAUAAAAAAAGAAUUAACUUAGCGAUCGUUGAUAAGGAAGAAAAUCUUAAUGAAAAAAGAAUCAACUUACCAAUCGUCGAUAAUGAAGCAAUAAGGAAAUUACUUAUACGUCGAAUUGAAUAUACGACUCUGAUGAUAAUACAAAAAAUUUGUUCCGGACAAUUUCCAAAUGAUUUUGUUCAAAGUAAUUGCGACACAAUGGAGUUAUUGGAAUAUGAAAAUGAUGUAAAUGAAUCUGAUGAAGUUGAAUCCAUAAAUACAUCAGAUAGUAUGGAUUUUUAUCGCAAAAGGGGCAAAAAUAAAUUCGCUUUAAUGAUGAAAGUUAUGGCCAUUUCUCAUAAAUUAUUAAUUAGGAAUACCACAAUUACCAGGAGAUCUUUUUAUUAUGAUUUAAAAAAUGACAUAGCAAAUAUUUUGGCUCCUAAGCAACAAUAUGUAGAUCUAGCUGUUAAUAAUGUCGCUGAAAUUUUGAACUGUGCUCCAUGGGAUUUGAGACUCAUUGGCUCGUCUAAAGGUUUAGCAGCUGGAGAUUUAACUUUAUACUUUACAGACAAUCAGAUUAUCGAUUGCAGAGUUCCAGGAGGUGUACUUAUUCCUCAAAUAAUUUCAAACGUUAUAUCCAUUCGUACUAAUGGAAAAUUUGUUUUGGUGGUUGAAAAGGAUACAAUAUUUCAAAAAUUAUUAGAAGAAAAUAUAACGAAAUUAUUGAAUUGUAUAUUAAUCACAGGAAAAGGUUAUCCUGAUAUUGCUACAAGGAUGUUAAUUAAAUUACUUUCUGAAAAAGUAAAUCUUCCAAUUUACACCUUAGUAGAUGCUGAUCCUUUUGGUGUGGAUAUCAUGUGUGUUUAUCGAUUUGGGUCUUCAAAUUUAUCAAAGAGAAAUGAUAGUCUAGCUUGUCCCGCAAUUCGUUGGCUUGGUGUUCACCCUUCAGAAUUAGGUGUAUUAGGGGUGAAGACUAGUCCGUUGGCCGAAAGAGAUUUAUCAAAAUUGGCAUCUAUCAAGAGUCGUAGUUACAUGACGGAGACGUUGUUAAGACAGAUGAUAAUAAUGCAAAAGGGCAAGGCCGAGAUAGAAGCUGUAUCAUCUCUCUGUAGUAAUUUCCUAACAGCUACUUAUCUCUCUUUGAAGAUCAAAGGAAAUGAUUAUAUCUAA